CAAAGCCGUCGUCAUCCUUAUAAAACCCCAUGCACUCAGCUCUGGCUCCGGCGCUCUGCACCCCUGCACAGGGUGUCCCCGACAAAGUACACCACACCAAGCUUAAAACUCUGCUCUGCCACUAGUCCCGCCUACUCUUCUUCUCUAUCUCUAAGCUGCAGCUUUCAGCACGCAGACGGCGGACCGAUGUGCACCACCACCCCUGCGCCGUCGGCGCCAGCAGUGCCAGUCUCGGGCGGCAAGGGCCUCCACCACGUCUAUGUGACGCUGGCCCAGUGCGCCGAAGUUCACGGGCAUGGGGGCGACGCGGCAGGCGCUCAUUGUCACCCCCAGCUCAAGUGCCACGGGGUUGACGACCACGCCGUGCUCCUGACGGUGACUGGUGGAGAGACAUUCCGCGAGGCGGCGGCACUGUGCCGGUUGGCGUGCCCGAUCGCGCUGACGGCGCUGCUGCUCUACUCCCGCACAGCGCUGUCCAUGCUCUUCCUCGGCUCCCUCGGCGACCUCCAGCUAGCAGCGGGUUCGCUCGCCGUCGCCUUCGCCAACAUCACCGGCUACUCAGUUAUCUCCGGGCUUUCCCUCGGAAUGGACCCGCUUUGCUCUCAGGCGUUUGGAGCGGGCCAGCCGAGGCUCCUGGGCCUCACCCUGUACCGCUCUGUUCUCUUCUUGCUCUGCUGCUCGCUGCCGCUCUCUGCGCUGUGGCUCAACAUGUCAAAGAUCCUCUUCUUCCUUGGCCAGGACCACGAGAUCACGGAGCUCGCGCAGCAGUACCUCAUGUUCUCCCUCCCAGACCUCUUCACCUUCUCCUUGAUCCACCCGCUACGCGUCUACCUCCGGUCGCAAGGUAUCACGCAGCCGCUCACUACCGCCGCGGGCGCAGCCGUGCUGUUCCACGUGCUGGCCAACUACGUACUGGUGGGUCGACUCGGGCUCGGCGCAGAGGGGGUUGCCGCCGCGGCGUCCGCUUCCAACUUCGUGCUACUGGGCGUGCUGCUCGCGUACGUCAGCCGGCGCGACACCUCGUUGCGGGAGGCAUGGGGUCCCACGGCAGAGUGGCUCGCCGGAUGGGGCCCGCUCGCGCGGCUGGCCGCUCCUAGCUGCGUGUCGGUGUGCCUGGAGUGGUGGUGGUACGAGGUGAUGAUCUUGCUGUGCGGGCUACUGCCGGAGCCAAAGCCGGCGGUGGCGUCCAUGGGCGUGCUUAUGCAGACGACGGCUCUUGUCUAUGUCUUCCCGUCGUCCCUGGGUCUCGGCGUGUCGACGCGGGUGGGGAACGAGCUGGGCGCGAAUCGCCCAGUCCGCGCGCGUGCUGCGGCCCGCGUGGCCGUUGUCGGCGCCGCCGUGAUGGGACUCGUGGCCAUGUCGUUCGCAGCGGGGAUGCGCCAUGCAUGGGGUCGACUCUUCACCACCGACGCCGACAUCCUCCGCCUGACUGCCGCCGCGCUGCCGGUCGUAGGGCUGUGCGAGCUUGGCAAUUGCCCACAGACCGUCGGCUGCGGCGUGCUCCGCGGCAGCGCGCGGCCGUCGCGAGCCGCGCACGUCAACCUCGGCGCUUUCUACCUUGUGGGCAUGCCCGUCGCCGUCUUGCUUGCGUUCUGGUUCGGCUUGGGCUUCGUUGGGCUCUGGGUGGGGCUCCUCGCCGCCCAGGUGUGCUGCGCCGGGCUCAUGCUGUGCGCCGUGGGAUCCACCGACUGGGAGGCCCAGGCACGGCGGGCUCAGGCGCUGACAUCGUCGCCCUCUCCAGACGUGGAGAUGUCCGACGUUGGGAAGGGCGGGGGCCACGCGUCGGCGGCGGCCGCGGCAGGGGGAGCCGGGCCCGAGAAAGGGGAGCACGAUGAGGAUUGGGCGGACAGGAGCCGCUACGAGCCGUUGAUCUCCAACGAGAAGGCCGAGCCCGGGUCAGUUUAGGUGCUUUGAAUUCGGAGGAAAGCACAAAUGCCAAUGUAUAAUUUUCUUCUUGUAUUAUUAUUCUUACCUCUGAUUAAUUGGACUGCUACUGCUAUUAUAGCUAGUGUACUGAGUACUGUGCUAAUGUGUUCAUUUCUUUUUAA